AUGAAGCUGCUACCUGCUUUGGUUGUCUCCGCAGGGAGUCUCCUGCCCUUCGUUGCAGGCACUUCUGUUCCUGAAGAUGGCGAAAUUUUGUACAGUGCCCCUGUUCGUCACGUGCAGGAGAUGACGUACGACUCGGAGGAAGCGGACGUCCAGUCAUACGUUCAAGAAGACCCUGCUGAGUAUGGGGUGGAGGCAAGCCUUCGCAUUCUGGAAGAAGUCCCGGUUGACGAGUCUUUCGAAGGAGCUGAGGAGCGCUCCCUCGGAAAGAAGAAGCAGGAGCCCGUGGUCGUUGCAGUGCCGGCGAAGAAGGUUGCUCCAGUGAAGAAGCCUGUUGUCGAGACAAAGUACAUGGCUCCAGUCGCCGAGAGUAAGUACGCUGCACCGUCCAAGAAAGGGCGCCUCCUUGCUGCUAUCUCCGGCCGCAGGCAGACUGAAAAUGACUCUGUUUCCUCCCAGUCUGUUGACUCCGUUGUCGACACAACCAUGACCCACUCUGAGGAGUCUGUCAUGGCUCAGAGUGAAGAAGAUAUCACAUUGCCGCAAUCCGCUGAAGAUUCUUUGUCCGCCCAACCAGUUGAGACCGUCGAAGAGACAGCCGAGAUCCAGGGGGUCCAAGCCUCCGAGGUCGAGACAGAAGAGGAACGCGAACUGAAGAAACACGCAACUACAUACGUUGUGCCUGUUGCUCCAGUAGUUCAGAAGGCUCCAAUGUGUGCGGCUGGCAAAUCGUGUUCCUCCUAUCAUUCUGGUUGCGUGGGGAAUGCCUGCACCCGUUAUAUGCAAGAGUCUGCAGAGUGA